AGGUAGUCCUUGUCAGAACAGAUCAUUCUGGAAGGGUGUGGCCUGUGAAUACACCUGGAGUACCAUCAGAAUCCAAGGAAGGAAGAAGGAAAAAGCAGAUGGUAACAACACACAUAGAUAAGGAACGAGUCAGAUACUUUCAUGAUGAUGAUGACUUAAGCUUAAAGGAUUUGGUUAAAAAUGAAAAGAUGGGAACUGCAGAAGAUCAAAAUAGAGCUUUCAUGAAGAUGGCAUCGAAGCUGAGAGAAAAAACCGAUAAAGAAUAUUAUAGUUUGGAUGACAUGUUUGUCUCAAAAGCAGCCAAGAAGGAAUGUUUUGGUGGUGAUGAGGAGAAACAGAAGAAAAAAGCAAUCUCAGAGCAUCAGAAGCUUGCUGCACAAAUGGAGAAGUGUCCAUAUUGUUUUGAUAGUUCUCAGCUUCCCAAACAGCUUAUUGUUGCAAUAGGUAUUAAGGUUUACUUAUGCUUGCCAAAUUGUCAGUCACUUACUGAAAGGCAUUGCCUGAUAGUACCAUUGCAGCACCAUACAGCAGCGACUCUAUUGGACGAAGACAUUUGGGAAGAAAUCCAGAGUUUCAGAAAGGCAUUGGUGAAGAUGUUUGAAGAUAAAGAGCUAGACUGCAUCUUUUUAGAAACAAAUAUGAAUAUGAACAAACGAUAUCACAUGGUUUAUGAGUAUAUUCCCCUCCCAAAGGAUGUAGGAGAUAUGGCUCCUAUAUACUUUAAGAAAGCUAUAAUGGAAUCUGAUGAAGAGUGGUCUAUGAACAAAAAGUUAAUUGAUCUGUCUUCAAGAGAUAUCCGAAAGUCUGUGCCCAGAGAACACUCUAUGUCUUUCUCAAUGACUAUCAAGGACUACCUCGGCACCAUUUGCCUUUAA